AUGGCCAGGGUACCAUUGGCUGUGUCUGUAAUGUUUCUGCUGGUGCUCUACUCCCACGGGGUGUCCUCGACCCCCACCCAGCACCUGUGCGGCUCCCACCUGGUGGACGCCCUCUACUUCGUAUGUGGAGAAAGGGGCUUUUUCUACAGUCCAAACCGACCCCACAAGCGGGAUCUGGAACAUCUGCUCGGUUUCCUGUCUAAGAGGGCCAGACAGGAGCAGCGGCUGUGGAGGGCUCUGUCUGGCCACGACGAGCCCAAGGUGAAGAGAGGCAUCGUGGAGCAGUGCUGCCAUAAGCCAUGCAGCAUUUACCACCUGGAGCGCUACUGCGACUGA